UCACUCCUCCGGCGCGACUUUCCGGCGGAGGCGCGCGCUCCCGCUCUGACGUCAGCUACGCUCUCCGAGUGGCCGCCAGACCGCGGAGUCGCAGCGAUGACUGAGGCUGAUGUGAAUCCGAAGGCCUACCCCCUUGCAGAUGCCCACCUCACCAAGAAACUACUGGACCUUGUUCAGCAGUCAUGUAACUACAAGCAGCUUCGGAAAGGAGCCAACGAAGCCACCAAAACACUCAACAGAGGCAUCUCUGAGUUCAUCGUGAUGGCGGCAGACGCUGAGCCUCUGGAGAUCAUCCUACACCUUCCGCUGCUGUGUGAGGAUAAGAACGUGCCCUACGUGUUUGUGCGCUCCAAGCAGGCCCUGGGCCGGGCCUGCGGGGUCUCCAGGCCCGUCAUCGCUUGUUCUGUCACCAUCAAGGAAGGCUCACAGCUGAAGCAGCAGAUCCAGUCCAUUCAGCAGUCCAUUGAAAGGCUCUUAGUCUAAACUGGUGGCCUGCGCCCCCUCCUCCCUGAGUCCUCCCCCUGGGGGGUUGUAUCAUAGCGUCGGUGUUAGCAUGUAGUACCUCCAGCCACCUCCUUUUGUUAAUAGUAUAGUACUAAAUCUGG